AAUGAGGAGAGUGUUCAGCUCAACUUGUUCUCUAUUCAUCACCUGGGAGCCAGGCCUCUUUCCCCCCUCCCUCCCUCCCACCCUUCGGGUCAGCCACACCUGGAGAGCGCUUAAAGCCCAGCCUGGGUAACCACAACCCCACAGACUCCUUGCAGCUCCGCCAUGAAGCCCAGCGCUGGCGGCUGCCCCCUCCUCCUCUUCUUUGUGGGGCUCCUCUUCUUCGCCACACAGCUGCCGGGCACAUCUGGGCACAACGUGACAGAAAAAGCAGGCACCUGCCCCAAGAAAGAGGCGGUGACGCCCAGCGGGAACUGCACAGAAGAGUGCCAGUCGGAUGCCAGCUGCAAGGAGAACCAGAAGUGCUGCCCGGCGGGUUGUGGGAUGUCUUGUCAAGUCCCUGACGAUAAACCAGGCUCCUGCCCAAAGUUCACCAGUGGGAUUUCUUCUCUGGGCUUCUGCCGGAACAAAUGUAUGAAAGACUCCGAAUGUGAAGAUGAUACAAAAUGCUGUCAGAACGGAUGUGGCAAGAGGAGCUGUUUAUCCCCUGAGUUUUGAGACGCAACCCAGACAAUGCAGAGCAGCUGCAGUCAAGCAAUCUGCUGCCUCUCCCGAACUGGUCCUUGAGGGUAUGAUGGCAUCACUCUUCUUCCUUCCCACCACCUCCUUCUCCGCCUGGCAGCUUCUCCGUCUUCCACCUCCUGAUGGAGCCCCUGAGGCACUUUCCCAGUAAAACUUGCACUUUCCACAGCAA